AUGUCCGACCCUUCUUGCAGGCGUCUGGGAUCUACCGGCCGUUCACCCUCUUCGUUGUCAUCUUCUUCUUUUUCUGAGCCGUCUUCUGCGUCUGCGAGCCCGUCCCGCGUCGUCUUUGUGGUCUGUCGCGCGGCCUCGACUCACAGCCGCGCUCUCCUCCGCGCGUCUCGAGCUGCGCCUGACUCACGUCACAGCAAGCAGCAGCCCGAUCCAAGGGGCUUGCACGGCGCGGAGCGUCUCCGCAGGGACUUCGCUGCGCAUGCAGCCAGGUUCUUCUCCACGGGGCGGAGACGACGUGGACAUGAAGGCAGAGACGGCUUCGCGGCCGCGGAGAGACGCCGCGAGGCUCUGCGCGACGACGACGACGAUGUGGACUCCUCGAGCCCGGAUCUCCGGGGCCAGACGCGGGCGGAUAGUGUGCAGUUCUGGGAAGACCAAGAAGACACGACGCCGUUCCUGGCGCGGCCCUUCGUGCAUGUCUUCCAGCCUCGCGCCUACCUAGACAACUCUGAGGCGCUGCCCUGGCUGAGUCCUGAGCAGAGAAAAUACAGUCGAAUUUUGUUCGGAAAGCCUAUCGCGGCCCAUCCAGUCUUGGUCGCGCAGACUCUCCACAAACUCCCGCACAACCCGUGGCCUCAAGUAGCCGUCGUCGGGCACUCGAACGUGGGAAAGUCUUCGCUUCUCAACGCGCUCAUGCACGGUAGAGACGUCGCGCGGUCGUGCAGCAAGCCCUUGCCGAACGGGAGAGUUUUGACUCUUCCGAAGGUCGCACCCGUCUCUCAUCUGCCGGGACGCACGCGACAUCUCUUCACCUUCGAUCUCGGCAACCAUUUGAGCCUCGUGGACCUUCCCGGCUACGGCUUUGCGCGCGUCAAACCGCAACUGAAGGAGGAGUGGGCGGUCUUGAUAGAGGAGUACUUCACUCGGUCGAGACAACUGCGCAGGGUUCUGUCGCUCGUUGACUGCACGAAAGGCGCAGAGCCGCUCGAUGAGAAACUGUGGCAGCUUCUGGUUGAGAAGGACCUCCCGUUUCAAGUCGUCCUGACGAAGGCAGACCUUCUUUCAGCCCACAAGCUGCAUGCAUGCAUGUUCAAUACUUUGGCCAAGCUGAAGAACGUCGACAAGCGGGAGACACUUCUGCACCCGUUUGUUCACGCUGUCUCUUCUCGCUUCAACCACGGCAUCCCGGAGCUGAGAGCGUCUCUCGCUGCGAUCGCGGCCGACGCCAGACGGAGGCAGCACUUGGCUUUGUUCAAGCAGCAAGGCAGAGAAGACACGCCAGUUCGCCGGCACCGAUAG